UAGCCUCAACAUAUUUUUUUUAUAUGUAGAACAAAAUAAUUAUGAGGAGUUUGAGAAAUGGAGUUGUGAAAGUAUUGAUAAUACUACUUGUUAACCUUUUAUCCACAGAAUGCAGAAAUCCAGUUCUCCAUAGGGUCGGAGGAGGACGAUUUUCUUGGAACCCAAACAUCAACUUUACAAAUUGGUCAAUCCAUGAGCAAUUCUACGUUGGUGAUUGGCUUUAUUUUGGAUUCGACAAGCUAAUUUAUAAUGUUUUGGAGGUGAACAAAACAAACUAUGAGAAAUGUGAGGACAAAGAUUUCUUAACAAAUGUAACAAGAGGCGGUCGCGAUGUGUUCAACCUCACCGAUGCCAAGGUUUUCUACUUUCUUAGUGGUAGAGGUUUCUGCUUUAAGGGAAUGAAAGUUGCUGUUCUUGUCAAGGAUUUUUCUGAAGAUCAAUCACUAGAACCUCCUCACAAUAAUCAACAUGGUGAUCAUGAUCUUCUUUUCACCAACAAUGUCUUCUCUUCUUAUCAUUAUGUUUCACACAUCAUUAUCUUCCUUGCUAUCUUUGUUUUUCAAUGCUUUCACAUGUAAUAGCUAAUUCUAAUUUAUUAUCACUUUACACUUUUGGAAGUAGCCUUUUUAUGUAACAAACAAAAGUAUGUUUUGAAUUUCUUUUUGCAAAAUAGUGUUUCUUUCUUAUUAGGACUAUUUUAUAAUGAAAUGUUUAAUAUUAGCUUUUUUGUUUUGUUUUUUUGUUAAAUUAAGAAUGUAAGAAACUUAUGUCUUGCUCGUAUCUUGUAAGAGCAUCCAUUUUAUAUCUUGAUCGUGUUUUUAA